CCUUGUCUCCUUCAAAGACCCAAAACCUGCAAUUUCUUUAUAAAUACAAACAUUUCCAAGCUUCAUUAAUUCCUACAUCUUCUGAACAAUAAUGACUUUAACUCUUCGUUCUUCAACUUCUUUUAUCAAUCUAAAAGAAAUCAAAGGGGUUAAAAAUCCUGAUGAUUUCCCUACCACAGUUUGUUUUUCCCAGUUCAAGCGAUCAUGCCACCACGGCCUUCGAGCAAAAUGUUCUAUGCAAGAAGCUGCUCAACUUUCUCAGCCUCUAGAAGGCAGAGUGAAUGAGAAAAGAGAGAGGCUUCAUGGUCUAGCAGCAACCCAAAGCCACGGCAGCAGUUCAAGGGUGCCGGUUUUUAUUAUGCUGCCACUUGACACCAUGACAAUGGGAGGAAACCUGAACAAGCCACGCUCGAUGAAUGCAAGUCUGAUGGCCCUAAGAAGUGCCGGAGUUGAAGGAGUCAUGGUGGAUGCUUGGUGGGGUUUAGUGGAAAAGGAUGGACCGUUGAAGUACAAUUGGGAAGGCUAUGCUGCACUUGUGAAAAUGGUUCAAGAGCACGGCCUGAAGCUUCAAGUUGUCAUGUCUUUCCAUCAAUGUGGAGGAAACGUUGGUGACUCUUGCAGCAUUCCAUUACCUCCAUGGGUUCUUGAAGAAAUCAGUAAGAAUCCUGACCUUGUCUACACAGACAGAUCAGGCCGGAGAAACCCAGAGUAUAUUUCCUUAGGCUGCGAUCAAUUACCAGUCCUCAGAGGUAGAACACCAGUUCAGGUCUACGCGGACUACAUGAGAAGCUUCAGAGAGAGAUUCAAGGAAUAUAUGGGAAACAUUAUAGUGGAGGUUCAAGUGGGAAUGGGACCUUGUGGAGAGCUCAGAUAUCCAUCCUAUCCAGAGAGCAACGGGACUUGGAGAUUUCCCGGAAUUGGAGAAUUCCAGUGCUAUGAUAAGUAUAUGAGAGCUUCACUAGCAGCAUCAGCAGAGGCACUUGGAAAGGGUGACUGGGGAAGAAGUGGGCCUCAUGAUGCUGGUCAGUACCAUCAGUUCCCUGAGGACACAGGCUUUUUCCGAAGGGAUGGGACAUGGAAAACUGAAUAUGGACAGUUCUUCCUCGAAUGGUAUUCUGGAAAGCUAUUGGAACAUGGGGAUAGAAUCCUAACAGCAGCAGCAGGAGUAUUUCAAGGAACUGGAGCUAAAUUAUCAGGAAAAAUUGCCGGAAUUCACUGGCAUUACAAUACAAGAUCACAUGCAGCAGAGUUGAAUGCAGGAUACUACAAUACCAGAGAAAGAAAUGGUUACUUGCCCAUAGCACAUAUGUUAGCCAAACAUGGUGUUGUAUUCAACUUUACAUGUAUGGAGAUGAAAGAUGGCGAACAGCCUGGGAGUGCAAAUUGCUCACCAGAAGGUUUAGUUAGGCAAGUAAAGGUAGCUACUAAAGCUGCCGGAGCAGAGCUUGCAGGAGAAAAUGCACUGGAAAGGUAUGACAGCAGAGCAUAUGAACAAGUUUUGGCAACAAGCAGGUCAGACUCUGGAAAUGGAUUAAGUGCAUUUACAUAUCUAAGAAUGAACAAGAAUUUGUUUGAGCCAGAGAAUUGGCGGAAUUUAGUCGAAUUUGUUAAAAGCAUGUCAGAAGGAGGUCGUAGUACAAGGCUCCCAGAGUGUGACUCGAGCAGAACAGAUCUUUAUGUUGGACUCAUUAAAAAGAGAAAUGCCAAGAAUGUUAACGAGGCUGUGCUUGUGUAAAGAUGCAAAUAUAUACUCAUGUAAAGAUACUCCACUUUAGACAACCAAGCUAAGGAGGAGGAACAUGUCAUAAGGUAUAAAUGAAAUUUUUAUAGGUCCAUAAGCCCGUGAGAACCCAACAAGGAUGAGUCUAUUUCUGCAACAAAAGAAGGAAAGGUAGCAGCACUACAAUGUCUAAACACCAUGGUUAAGAGGCUUAAGUUCUUCCACUGCUUGGGGCCAUCAGAAAGACGAUAACUUUACUAAUUCGUCUUCAGCUCUUCACUGCCACAAGGAUAAAAUGAUAUAUUCUUUCCACUCUAGCACAAUAAAUUUGUGUCUUUGCAACUUUUAUGAAAUAUAGAACCAUUCUGAUGUACCCACUACCCAGUGCAUAGUUACAUUCCAAUCAUAUUUCUCUUGUAUUUUUUUAAUCAUGAUUUGUAAUGACUUGAUAAGUCUAAAAGAACAUUAAAGUGUUGAAGAACUUCAUUCAAUUCUUCC